UUCUAUGAUUUCUUACUCAAAUACAUUGUAAUUCUUUGUGUUCCUUUCUUGAUUUGCUUAUGACUAUUGCUAUUAUACCCAACAAAUAGUACCCAUGCACACCAAUUGUUUGUUGCGAUGGUGAAACUUGGGUCUUGUAAAAUUUUGUGAAAAUUUUGAGUUACAGGACUGAUCUUCUUGUCCUGCAUAAUAUCUAGGAAGGUCCCUCUUUUUUCAUCUUUUUUAUUUUUCUAUAUCAAUUGUACAUUUAAUAAGACCUUUUUGUUCCUCAUAAUACUUCCUGAAGGCAUCUAAUCUAUGAUGAUGAUUUUUUUUAUUAUUUGUGAAUAUGAUGUCUUUAUGUUGCAAUAUUGAUAUUUUUUAUCCUCAUUUGCUCUUAAAUCCUAUGUAAUUCAUGAAGAUAUUCUUUUUAAUUUUCAUCCCAUUUUGUCAAGUAAAAUGGAGGCACCUCCAAAAUGAUAAAACUGAUAAUUAGAACAAAAUCACUCACAACUUACAAAAAUGACUUUAUCUAGGUAGUUCUACAGAAAAGAACAAUGAUUUAUGCUAUAAAAGAACUCAAUUCAUGAUCCACAGAGUUUUAAUGUGAUGCCUAAAUACCGACCAUGCUAUGCCCACAAAUGCAAAUGGAAGAAAUAAUCAGGAUGGGGUUGAGUUUUUUGUUUUGUUUGUUGACAUUCAAUUAGAGAUAGGAAUUAAAUGAUGGGUUCUAAAAAUAAAUAAAUAAAUAUGUCCUAGGUAGGAGUUGUAGACGUCCUUCGGGUGCAAAUUCAGUUCCUUUUAUUGUGCUUAGAAUUUGAUAGCAUUUACGGAUUAUGUCUAUCUAUCUGUUUUAUAUAUUUGUGCUUUCAAAUGCUACUUUAUUCAACAUUUCAUGUGAAGUUGAAUAUGCUUCCAGAGCAUUAUUGUCAAGUAACUCCAUCUGUUGUGAAAUGCAGUUCUAGCAAUAGUACAUAAAUUAGUCCGACAAAUAAAAAAUGGAGACUCAAAUUACAAACAACCGACUACCAUACAAGGAAGAGAAUAUGAGCAAGACCAUGAAGAAAGCCCUACUCUUAUUGAACUGCACAUUGUUAGCCCUAGGCGGCUCCGGUGGUCCAAUUUUGUUGCGGUUGUACUUUCUAAAAGGUGGAAAGCGAAUUUGGCUAUCGAGCUUUCUAGAGACUGCUGGUUGGCCAUUUGUUAUAUUCCCAAUCUUGGUUUCAUACAUACACCGUCGAAGCAAGAAAGGUCCUUCAACCAAGCUCUUCUCUAUUAAACCCAUCCUUUUUUUCGCUUGCGCUGUUAUUGGAAUUCUCACUGGUUUCGAUGAUUAUUUGUAUGCCUUUGGUGUUUCUCGCCUGCCUAUCUCCACUUCUGCUCUUAUCAUUGCCACACAGUUGGCCUUUACUGCUGGAUUUGCCUUUCUUCUAGUUAAGCAAAAGUUCACUGCUUUUACUGUCAACUCGGUUUUUUUGUUGACCGUUGGAUCAGUAGUUCUUGCCUUUCAUUCUAGCACUGACAAAGCUGCUCAUGAAUCAAAUAGGCAGUACUACAUUGGAUUUUUUAUGACACUCGCAGCAUCAGCAUUGUAUGGGUUUGUGCUACCAUUGAUCGAGUUGACAUACCGGAAAGCCAAACAGGCUAUUACUUAUACUCUGGUGAUGGAGAUGCAGAUGGUUAUAUCCUUUUUCGCCACUGCUUUCUGCACCAUUGGAAUGCUUCUGAACCACGAUUUCGCGGCAAUUCAAAGAGAAGCAAGAGAGAAUGAGCUCGGGCAGGCCACCUACUAUGUGAUACUGGCGGUGACUGCAAUGUUUUGGCAAUUCUUCUUCUUGGGAGCCGUAGGAGUAAUUUUUUGUGCUUCCUCGCUUCUCUCUGGUAUAAUAAUUGCUACUUUGCUACCAGUGACUGAAUCAUUAGCUGUUUUGUUCUACCACGAGAGUUUCCAAGUUGAAAAAGGGGUUUCUCUUGUUUUGUCACUUUGGGGUUUUGUCUCCUACUUCUAUGGCGAGCUUCAAGAAACCAAGAAAAAGAAUCAGGAACCAGUUAUAGAGUUGUCUCAAUCACAAAGUCAAUUACAAAAUGAUUCUCGAGUUGAAUCAGAUUAAUACAUUUUGCUCUUCUUUUUUCUUUUCUUUUUUUUUAUUUUUUUUUAUAUAAAGUUAAGCUUGUGGAAUUCAG